AUGAAUUCAGCUCAAGUACGUAGAUUAUAUCGUCAAUUCCUACGAAUUGGUUGCCAAGCAGUAUGUAAUUCUAUCCCAGCAAAAUAUAUUAUCAGAGAUAAAAUUCGAGCAGCUUUUCGAAUAUUACCUCCACCUACAGAAAAAAUUGUCAAUACACUUCAAUUUCUGAUAAGAGCAAGCAAAAGAAAAGGUUUAGAGCAUGCCAUAUUAAAAAAUUUAUGUUAUCUUGAUCAAUCGAAAAAGCUAUAUGUUAAAAGAAGAAGAAAACCCUUAUCAAUGAUGAAAGAAGAAGAAAUGUUUCUAUAUAAACGAGUAUAUGAUGAAUCUGACUUAACAAUAUAUAUGAUAAAUGAAACAUGUGGACUUUGUUUAAGAUAA